AUGGAAGCCAGCAGCAGUGUCGUCCAGGACGCAUGGUUAUGGAGUGGUUCGAGAAAAGUUUUUUUGACGGAAGAAGGCAAUGUUGCUGAUGUUAACAUGCAGGAUGGAAUGUAUGAUAUGGGAGUUGAGGCAGAUAAAGUUUCUGUGCAGAUAGAGGGGACAGCUAGUGGAUUCCCAGACCAGUUGAUAAAUCUGGAAGGUGUUAGUGUAGAUGAUGUUCUUCAAAUGCAGGGUUUUCGAGAGAAGAAAUGGUUGGAAAAAAUGGAUAGGAAAAGAGAGCAUAAGGUAGUCACUCGUUGUGGAUGUCUCGCUGAGAUGAGGAUUAAAAAAAAAGAUGGAAUCGGGAAUUGGUACGUGUCGCGGUUCAUUGAUGAACAUAACCACGAGAUGGUAUCUGCAAAGUUUGUAAAUUAUCUAAGAUCACAUAGGAAGAUAUCAGAGGUUGAGAUUGCUCAUCUGACUAGUAUGAGGGGAAUUGGGAUUAGUAUUCCAAAGAUAUACGAAUCCUUUGCAGCACAGCUUGGAGGUUUUAACAAGGUUCCUUUCACGAAACAAGACAUGUAUAACAUGGUUAGGAGGCAAAGAGAAUUGCAAGGUGGAGAUGUGACUACUGCCAUUAGGUUUUUGGAGGGGGUUGCUCGUAUAGAUGGUAGAAUGUUUUGGCGGUAUAAGGUGGGAGCGGAAGAGCACUUACACGAUCUUUUUUGGAGUGAUGGUCGUAGUCAGGAUGAUUAUGCUGUUUUUGGGGAUGUGCUUGCUUUCGAUGCAACUUAUGGACGUAAUAAGUACAACCUACCGGUGGUGGUUUUCUCAGGAGUUAAUCAUCACAAUCAAACCUGUGUGUUUGCCACGGAAAUGGUUUCAUGUGAGUCUCAAGAAUCAUAUAUUUGGGUUUUGCAACAAUUCCUCGAUUGCAUGCAAGGAAAACCGCCAAUUUCAGUGAUCACAGACGGUGAUCCUGCCAUGCGAAUAGCCAUACAAUCUGUUUUUCCCCAAGCUCAUCACAGACUCUGCGCAUGGCAUCUUUUGAGAAAUGCAACACAGAAUAUAUGUGAUCCGCGUUUCACGCAGUUGCUAAGACAUUGUAUGUUGGCAGACAUGGAGAUUAAAGAAUUCGAAAUGCACUGGCAGUCAAUGGUCGACGAGUGUGGCGUUGUUGAUGUAGAGUGGGUGAAAGACUUGUAUAGGAAAAAGAAUUCCUGGGCGACCGCCUACAUACGAGGGAGGUUCUUUGCCGGUAUAAGAACCACAUCUCGUUGUGAAUCGUUACAUGCUAAGCUUGGGAGGUUUGUUGAGAGUAGGUAUGGAGUAUUGGAGUUUGUCACUAACUUUCAAAGAUGUGUAGAUUUUCUUCGUGAUAACGAGGAUGAACUCGAAUUUAGGUCAUGCUAUGGUACUCCCGUGUUGCAAACAGAGUUUGUAGAGCUGGAAAAAUCAGGAUGGAGUAAAUUCACACGAGAGAUGUUUUGGAGAUUUCGUGAGUCCCUCAAACGAUGUGUUCAGGUUAGGAUAUUUGAAAGCAAGGUUACAGAUCAGUCCCACAUUUACAAGAUUGAAAAGUACCGGCGACCGGAUAUGAGGUGGAUUGUUGUGUGGGAACCUGUCACAAAUAAUUUCAUGUGCACAUGCAUGCGGAUGGAGUCCUUCGGGCUACCAUGUGUGCAUAUCCUUGCUGUAUGUGUUAGGUUGGAUUUAUGUGCACUGCCCGAUAGCCUUGUGUUGCGCAGGUGGGCAAAAACAGCAAAGUUAACUAUUGGUUCAGGUGAAGAAACAACGGACCACGCAGCAACUUAUAGAAGCAGGUUGGGUGCCUUUUCUCAGAUAUGCAAGAGGUUAGGACGGGUCGCAUGCAUGAGUGAUGAGGACUUCAAGUAA